AUGGAGUGCGCCCUCCUGCUCGCGUGCGCCCUCCCCGCCGCCCGCUCGCGCCCGCCGUGCGGUCCGGCGGGGCUGGGGCGCGUGGCCAAGGCGCUCCAGCUGUGUUGCCUCUGCUGUGCGUCGGUCGCCGCAGCCUUAGCCAGUGACAGCAGCGGCGGCGGCGGCGGACUAAACGUUGAUUACGUCUUUGUCACCCCGGUAGAAGUGGACUCGGGCGGGUCGUAUAUUUCACACGACAUUUUGCACAACGGCAGGAAAAAGCGAUCGGCGCAGAGUGCCCACAGCUCCCUGCACUACCAAUUUUCAGCAUUUGGACAGGAACUACAUUUAGAACUUAAGCCCUCGGCGAUUUUGAGCAGUCACUUUAUUGUCCAGGUACUUGGAAAAGAUGGGGCUUCAGAGACUCGGGAACCCGCAGUGCAGCGAUGUUUCUAUCAGGGAUUUAUCAGAAAUGACAGCUCAUCUUCUAUUGCUGUGUCUACGUGUGCCGGCUUGUCAGGUCUAAUAAGGACACGAAAAAACGAAUUCCUCAUUUCACCAUUACCUCAGCUGCUGGCCCAGGAACAUAACUACAGCGCACCUGCCGGACACCAUCCUCACGUACUGUACAAAAGGACGGCUGAGGAGAAGGUCCAGCAUUGCCAUGACUACCCGGGCUCCAGCAGGCAUUAUCCCGGUCACUCCCCAACACACACUCCCCAUGCGUCUCGGAGUCAAGAAAGAGAGCAUCACCACCCAAGGUUGCAAAAGCAGCAUUUUUGUGGACGACGCAAGAAAUAUGCCCCUAAGCCUCCCACGGAGGAUACCUAUCUCAGGUUUGAUGAGUAUGGGAGUGCAGGGCGACCCAGAAGAUCAGCUGGAAAAUCACAGAAGGGCCUAAAUGUGGAAACCCUUGUGGUAGCAGACAAGAAAAUGGUGGAAAAGCACGGCAAGGCAAAUGUUACCACGUACAUUCUCACGGUCAUGAACAUGGUUUCUAGCCUAUUUAAAGAUGGGACCAUUGGAAGUGACAUCAACAUUGUUGUGGUGAGCCUCAUUCUUCUGGAACAAGAACCUGGAGGAUUAUUGAUCAACCAUCAUGCAGACCAGUCUCUGAAUAGUUUUUGUCAGUGGCAGUCUGCCCUCAUUGGAAAGAAUGGCAAGAGGCAUGACCACGCCAUCCUACUCACGGGAUUUGACAUUUGUUCCUGGAAGAAUGAACCAUGUGACACUCUAGGGUUUGCCCCCAUCAGUGGAAUGUGCAGUAAGUACCGAAGUUGUACCAUCAAUGAGGACACGGGGCUUGGCCUGGCCUUCACCAUCGCUCAUGAGUCAGGGCACAACUUCGGCAUGAUUCACGAUGGGGAAGGCAAUCCCUGCAGGAAGGCUGAAGGCAAUAUCAUGUCUCCCACACUGACAGGAAACAAUGGGGUGUUUUCCUGGUCUUCGUGUAGCCGGCAGUAUCUCAAGAAAUUCCUUAGCACACCUCAGGCUGGCUGUCUGGUGGAUGAGCCCAAGCAAACGGGGCAGUAUAAAUAUCCGGACAAACUACCAGGACAGAUUUAUGAUGCUGACACACAGUGCAAGUGGCAGUUUGGAGCAAAAGCCAAGUUAUGCAGCCUCGGUUUUGUGAAGGACAUUUGCAAGUCUCUUUGGUGCCAUCGAGUGGGCCACAGGUGUGAGACCAAGUUUAUGCCUGCAGCGGAAGGGACCGUUUGUGGCUUGAGUAUGUGGUGUCGGCAAGGCCAGUGUGUGAAGUUCGGGGAGCACGGCCCCCGGCCCGUCCACGGCCAGUGGUCCGCCUGGUCCAAGUGGUCAGAGUGUUCGCGAACCUGUGGUGGCGGAGUCAAGUAUCAAGAGAGACACUGCAAUAACCCCAAGCCUCAGUAUGGUGGCAAGUUCUGUCCAGGUUCUAGCCGUAUAUAUCAGCUGUGCAAUAUUAACCCUUGUAAUGAAAAUAGCUUGGAUUUCCGAGCCCAGCAGUGUGCAGAAUAUAACAGCAAACCUUUCCGUGGAUGGUUCUACCAGUGGAAGCCCUAUACCAAAGUGGAAGACGCAGAUCGAUGUAAACUAUACUGCAAGGCUGAGAACUUUGAAUUUUUUUUCGCCAUGUCCAGCAAGGUGAAAGAUGGGACUCCUUGCUCCCCAGACAAACACGACGUGUGUAUUGAUGGGAUUUGUGAACCAGUGGGAUGCGAUCAUGAACUUGGCUCUAAAGCAGUUUUGGAUGCGUGUGGUGUUUGCAAAGGGGAUAAUUCGACUUGCAAGUUUUAUAAAGGCCUAUACCUCAACCAGCAUAAAGCCAACGAAUAUUAUCCGGUAGUCACCAUUCCAGCGGGGGCCCGAAGCAUCGAGAUCCAGGAGCUGCAGCUCUCCUCCAGUUACCUUGCGGUCAGAAGCCUGGGGCAGAAGUAUUACCUCACGGGGGGCUGGAGCAUCGACUGGCCUGGGGAGUUCCCCUUUGCUGGGACCGUGUUUGAAUACCAGCGCUCCUUCAACCACCCAGAACGGCUGUAUGCACCAGGACCCACCAACGAGACACUGGUCUUUGAAGUCCUGAUGCAAGGCAAGAAUCCGGGGAUAGCUUGGAAGUAUGCACUUCCCAAGGUCACGAAUGGAACUCAGCCAGCCUCAAAAAGGCACAGCCAUGCCUGGACCACAGUGCAGUCUCCGUGCUCCAUCUCUUGUGGUGGAGGUUACAUAAGUGUAAAGGCCAUUUGCUUACGAGAUCAAAACACUCAAGUCAGUUCCUCGUUCUGCAAUGCAAGAACCAAGCCAGCAACUGAACCCAAAAUAUGCAAUGCUUUCUCCUGCCCUGCUUACUGGAAGCCAGGCGAAUGGAGUGUGUGCAGCCGGUCGUGUGCGGGGGGCCAGCAGAGCAGGAAGAUCCAGUGUGUCCAGAAGAAGCCCUUCCAGAAGGAGGAAGCGGUGUUGCAUUCUCUCUGCCCAGUGAGCACACCCACACAGGUGCAAGCCUGCAACAGCCAUGCCUGCCCACCGGAAUGGAGCCUUGGACCCUGGUCUCAGUGUUCCAAGAGCUGUGGGCGAGGGGUGAGGAAGCGUGAAGUCCUGUGCAAAAGCUCCCCCACGGCAGAGAAUGUCCCAGAGACCCUGUGCUCCAGCAUCCCGAGGCCAGAGUCCCAGGAGGGCUGUGUGCUAGGACGAUGCCCCAAAAACACCCGGCUGCAGUGGGUUGUGUCUUCCUGGAGUGAGUGUUCAAUGACCUGCGGUUUGGGUGUGAGGAAGAGGGAGAUGAAAUGCAGCGAGAAACCCUUCCCGGGAAAGCUCAUCACUUUCCCGGAGCGAAGGUGCCGCAAUAUUAAGAAACCAAACCUGGAGUUGGAAGAAACCUGCCAGCAAGGGGCUUGUCCCGCCCAUCCGGGCUUCAGCGUGGCAGCGGGAUGGUAUCCAUCACCAUGGCAACAGUGCACGGUGACCUGCGGAGGGGGUGUCCAGACCCGCUCAGUCCACUGUGUUCAGCAGGGCCGGCCUUCCUCCGGCUGUCUGCUCCAUCAGAAACCUCCAGUGCUGCGAGCCUGUAAUACAAACUUCUGUCCUGCUCCUGAAAAGAGAGAGGAUCCAUCCUGUGUAGAUUUCUUCAGCUGGUGUCACCUAGUUCCUCAACAUGGUGUCUGCAACCACAAAUUUUAUGGUCAACAGUGCUGCAAGUCAUGCACGAGGAAGAGUUGA